AUGUGGCUUACAUGGACAAUACAAUACAUAGCUGAAGACGCUGGACAUAUUGUGACAAGCCCUUCUGUCCUACAGAUUGGGAAGAUCCCACAGUCAUGCGCCUUUGUGCACAUGUAUAUUCAAAGCGAGGUUUCGAUCCUCGGACCUGUGGGUUAUAGGCCCACCACGCUUCCGCUGCGCCACUCUGAUUGCAUGUCUGACUUGCAUUCGUAA